AUGGAGUUCCUAGCGGAUACCACAGCCUAUCUCUACCACCAUGUGGUUCUUCCACCAAAGUUACCACAACAAGAUGAUCAAAGCACUGGAAAUGACGUUGCCCUCCUUGAGGUGGUCGUCCAGGCUCUGAAAACUCUGAAGGACCACGUGAAGAUCGAACACGUCGGGCCUGUCAUCGCGGCCAUUGCCACUGUCGAAAACCUCCGUAGUAGCCGCGAUGAGCAUGGACUCACCAAUGAGCUACAACUGGAAUGUCUUCUUUCCAAAAUCACGAAACACGAUACUGCUGGAGCAGUUCCCAUUGAGAUUCGGGAACAGAACGCUGGAAUACUCGCCAGCCGCUCUGGGGAUAACAUUGAAUUCGAAUUCUUCGAACUCUCACCGACUAACGAAGCGGCUAUGAAAUCUGGACGACUUAUACGAAGCUUUCCGGGAUAUGCGGCAAGCAUCCCUGUAACCAAAAUCGCCGGCAAUGUAGAACUGCUUCAGUCGAUCUCCAGUACCUUGGCCAAGAUGACGACUCAGAAGGUUCCAAGCUUCCAGCCAAAAAUCACCAAGAACCGGAAGGUCAUGAGCGAAGAACGCGACACUACCGAUCCUGGUAUAGUCACGAACUUAUACAUGCACACUAUCGCAGCUUUAGGUGAGCCAAUAGACGUCAAGCACAUCUGGAAACAUACCCGUGAAGAGGUACUCUGGAAUGACUGCCUUUCACCAUGGCGACGUUCUCCGCUGUGGCUUUUGUUGCGCGUAUCGCUACAGCUUCUUUUCAUUCGCGAAGCACCAGGUACACUGCAUGAGGACGUGUUGUACAAGGCGUUCAUGAUCUCCAUGUUAGCAAAACUGCUUGAACUGGCUCAGCGUAACUGGAAAAGCUUGGGAAGCGAACCAAUCCAUGCCGUCUCUGCGAAGCUGAUGCGUCGACUGCGCAAAUUCAAGGCUCUCAAACAUUCUGAGUACCUCGGGACGUCCUGGGUCAACCACAUCGAAACGGGCAUUCUCAAUGCUCACCGCUUCAUCAAUCAACAUUGGCUUGGCUUGGUCAAGAAUACGGAAGGUAACAUAGAUACAAGCGUCAUUGCCAGUCUACAACCCGAGGCCGACCUUGACAUGAACCUUUCGGGACUGGACGCCUUCCUGUCUCAGAUAACUUCCCGAAAACAAGAGCACAUCCCGUCAACAUACGUCCCCACAUCGCUGUAUCCAACGUUUUGCCCGUCUACACUGCCAAAUAACCUGGGUGGUCCUGAGGACGACAAGUACUUUCGUCUGGCGGCUCUGGAGCAUUGGGUCGAGCAUAACUUGUCGGAUUGGACUCAUCACCACCUCUAUGAUUCGAACGCCUGUGAGCAACUUCGUACGCUGAUGAAAACCUACUAUGAUUUCGCCAAUACUGCGUAUGAUGAAUCGCCGAUCGCCAUGUCAGUCAUGUACCUGACUCUUGCCGAGAUUUGGAUAUCAUGCGAUAGAUGUGCAUGCGCUAUUUAUCCCAUGUUGACCGAUUACGAUCCAGAGAUCAAUCUGAAGGAGUUCCAAUCUCUCGUACUUCCACUGAAGAGCCAACUGAAUCGACUCAACUCUAUUGAGGGCUAUGUUGAUUUACGACGCCACAAAGCAAUCCAGGGAAGACCUUCGAUAUACCGGGAGUUCGGUAAGCCUUCUUCAUUCGCAGUUCGAUAUUUCGACCAAUGCAAAUCGCUCCAGUCUACGUUGGAAAAGAUUGAGCAUGAUGCUGCAGUCUUGCGGAAGAAGAAGUGCGAGGAAUUAGAGAGUCUCAAAGUUCUUUAUCGCCAGUACAUGGACACUUACCGCAAUACCUGUUGCGAUUAUCGUACGGUAGUCACAAAUCGUUACCAUGGAUAUACUAGGGAGGUGCAUCAUCCCUACUGUUGUCGGUGUGCGGCCAAGAAGAGCGCGGAUGAUCUUAGCAUCUCAAUCUAUGAGUGGCCGCUGUCCUCGUCAAAACGUAUAGCGAAAGCAACGGUAUUCGAACUGAAAAUACCUGAAGCUUUUAGCAAUUGGCGAGAUGCCUCAGCGUAUUUCAUUACAACCGUAAUGGGUUGCCAAGAGAAGACUCCAGUGAAACCAAGAUUCCAGUUUACGCUCCAGAAUCAUCACGGUCUAUCUGAUGCACUGUCUCCACACUAUUCAAAGAGGAUUAUCGUUCCACUAUCCGAAGUCAAAAGCCACACAGUUACCCACCGAAAUAACAUGAAAGCUGUCCAGAACUUGAAGGAAAAUGACAUUUGUUUGGAGAACGCACUGCAAUAUCGUUACUACGAUACUACCAGCAAUCAGUUCAACACAACGACGCCAGAUUGUACGGAAGAGAUCCCAAAUAGAUGCAUGUACAAAAUGCCGCAACGAUCAAAGGCACUGGAACGAUUCAUGUACCGUCUGCCCUGUUUACCCAAUGGUCUUCCUGCCAAUGAAGUUAUUGCCAGUUUAUCGGACUGCCCAGCUCACCUCUCUAUUGACGAGUACAAGGCUUUGUGCGCAUUGUCUCUCGGAAACCACAUCUUGCAUUCCAACAUUCUUACCCAGCUGGCGGUACCAACAAUAGACUUUUCAAAGGUCGAGACACAAUGUAUGGUCUUUCAGGCAGUACAGCAAGCUGGACUUCCAGCGCAAUGUGUUGAGCGUACAACUCAUCACAUCCUCAAGGAAGCCUCUUUUGGUCGUGCAUUGCUGGAACAGCUUGAGACCGCGCUCGGGCGCAUUGAGGAAAAUUGGGAAUCAUGGCGGGCUUCUGCCAUAUUCUCUAUAGUCGCUCGUAGAGUUCUUAAUUUGACUACCGCCCAAGAAGUCCGUUCACGAGGAUUUGAUUAUCUUAUCCGACUGCGAUCUGUCUGCCUCAAAUGGUUUCUUAAGUUGAAGCAGAGAGCGGCCGCAUCCACAGAUGAUGACCAGCGCACAGAACUCUAUUCAAGGGCGGCAGAGAUUGCUCUUGUAUGUACAAGUACAUAUGAUGUCGAGGAAGAUGACUUUGGGUCGAUCCUAGAACAUGAGUCGGCAAUUUCAAUUCUCAUGCAAGCAUCGAUAAUCAUCCAGGAGAAUAUCAACUUCAUCCAGUCCGAGAACGAAAUUCUUUUGAGGAGCACAACUCUAUCGUGGAGGUGGAUGAUGUAUCGGAUUCUCCCCAAGCUACGUGAUCGAAUCCUCUCAAACGGUCAAAGUCUUUCAGACGCCGUCACUGUAAACUGGGCAGCUUUUGAUCCGACUUCAGAGAACCCUUGGACUUCACUCGGUGGUUGCAAAACACACUGGCUCCAUACCACCUCAGGAUUGCUGUCGGUGCAUAUCAACUUACUUACCGGUGAGCUUCUUGUAAAUGGUUUGCCAUUGUCUCGACUUCCUCCCGAAUACAUGUCCCAUCACAUGUACAAACCUUUGUUCCAAAAGUCAGCAUUGGAAGUCGUACCAACCAGCGAACCAGGAAUGCGUUUCUCGGCAAAGGCUCUAUACCACGAGUACAAGCUUCACUUUGGAAUGAAAGACAAUGAUAUGCUGAUAGUCACCUACGGGGAUAGCACGAAGCUCGAUCUGGUUCCAUCACGCGUAUUGCAAAAGCAGCUUCCCGAUGCAUUCUUGACGAGCUAUAUCCACUGGUAUGAUCACAAACGCAAGGAAGUAAUCUUUCGGCGUCGAGAUAGCCCGUGGGAGUCAGCACCUGAAGAGUGGCGUUUGGCCCGCAAUGUUCAUAACAGUGCUUGGCGACUGAUAAAAGGUUCUGAGAUCUUGAUCAGCCUGGGGAGUCAGUCUGAGAAGAUACUUUCUAAGACACUCCGGUCAUUGGAAGAAGGGAGGCAUAUACAUGCCAAGCUUGAUACCACAACUCAAAUGAUCAACAUUGAGCUUCCUCGACUUCAGCUCGGGUUUUACAUCAAACAAGGAGCAAGUCCAAUAUAUUCUUGCCAGUAUCGCGACAUGAGCAUUGAUGGAGACCAGAGCAUUGGAACUCUUGUGGGCUUGGUCAGUAAGCUUGUACUCAAACAUGAACAUACGGCAGAACGGUUGGUCCUCAUACCAGCGCCCAACACCUUCGAUGCAUCGAGUAUCAUUUAUUCCAGUGACUAUCGUUCUGGCCAUCAUCCCAUUGUGUCAAUCUGCAAAGGAAAUGUUCACAAGGUGUACGCAUACACUAUAGAUACCGACCUUGGUAGACUGUUGGACACUUCAGAGAUACAGAGUCGACUUUUCUUAGGCUACCUGCAUGGCAUCACCUCCGGAUGUCUUCCAGAUCCAUUGACCCACCGCACUGGUACAGAAAGUAGCGUUGAAAUCCUUGGGUCAGCGGCAGUAUGCUCAUUCGAUGUUCUCACACCAGCAAACCUAGAGCUUCUAUGCCAUAUAGCUGGGCUUUCCGCAAAGAGGCAGUGGUAUCCUGAAAACCUAAAGGUAAUGCAACAAGUUGAGUGGGAUGAGCGUCUUCCAUCAUUGUCGCAACACGUUUUUUUUCGAAUGAUGGUAUCCAAUUUGCUGAACCAGGCCGCCAAGAUGCGAUUAUUUCAUCCAGACAAUGCGGUUUUUUCCUUGAUUGAAAAUGCUCAACAGAAACUGGCAUUGAUAUCGGACCGCCAUUUGGAUCAACGCGAUAUGCUACGGUCAAGUACCUUCCGCGUUGCAGGAUUUGGUGCUGGGGAAUUCAACAAAACCCAUGACGUUCGGUACCAGGCUAGAGACAUAGUACAAAACGAGAGGGGCCGUCAUGCCUUCAUCGCUGGCAUUCUAGCGCUUCGGGAUGAAGCUGCUUUACACAGCAGCAUCUUGGAUCUCAAGGGAAAUCUCGUUCGCAAGCAUUUUCAAGGAGCUACCGUUGAAGGCGUUGACGAUUCCUUCGAUCCUGGGAGUCUUGGAUAUGACUCUGAAUGGCUUGAAGCUCCUUCAAAACACUUGAUUGCAAGUUGGUGCACGCUGCAUCGAACCCUACCCAGAGUCGGCAACCGCUACAAUUUAGCGACAUGGCUUUGCACCAUGGCAUUUGCCAAGGAAGCUGAUAUGACUACAAUCCAAGCUCUGGUAGCAUUCUCAAGGCUACCGGAUAUGGCAGCCGUACAGCCGCCUGCUGCUUCCCGGUUCGAUCUGACACGAGGAGACAGAUACGAAGUCACAGAGAUACGCUCGAUUCUUGUUCAAAAUUCCAGAUCCUUCGAUACAUCUGCGGAAGCUACGUCACCCAGAAUGAAUAACGAGACUUCUGAAGAACACGAAAAGCGAAUCGAGGCACUGUUUAAUUCUCGGCAGAACGAAGCAAUCGAGAGCGUUGCAAAAGACUUACAAACCCAAGCAUCUGUUCGAGCACCUAUUAUAGAGUCAAAGCUUGAGUACACGAGGUAUCUUGAUCUUGCCGAAGCAAUGGUGAGAAUUCAAGAUUGUUUUAAAAGCUGGUACGACAAUCGCCAGUUCCUAAACUAUCUGGGGCAGUCAACAAAAGUACUGGCGCGUCAGAAUGUCUUGAGCGUACCUCAAUCACACUACUGCCGCUCUCUACCUCAAAGGAAGGCUGGCCUCGACCCUGGCAACCGCUUUUUCAGCAUAGGGAGUAUUUUUGCUGGUUCAAUACCUCUCAUACGCCAACAAGUUUCAGAUCUGAACUUUCCUACACCACCAUCUGAGCCACAAAUCACGAUUGCGAAAACACAUGGGCCUACAAUGCAUUCCCAGACAAUGGAGAGGCUUGAAGAUCUUUGCAAGCACCUUACUACAUAUUCCAAAUCGAAAUGUGAGCAAGAAUACGUUGAAGAUCUAUGUAUGAGCUGCGAAUCCUUCCAAAAACAUCUCAACACCAAUCACACAAACCAAGAUCUGAUUGUCAAUGCCGCCACUAUUCUGGAAGAGUACUUGGGCGAAUGUCUCAGAUAUCUCAAGAAGAUUUCCUCCUUAUUUGAAGGUCUGUUUAGUAGCGAGAUUGAGUUCCAGACCAAGCAUGCGCCACGAGUUUCGCCUACCUUCUGGCUCAGUCAGCUGCAUCGAGAUCGCUUCGAACUUUUACCGGAAGCCUGGAAAGAGAUCAUCAUAGAAUAUGCUUUGGCUAUAACCAAUUUGCAGAGGGCUCAAAGAUUGGUUCGUCUCUCCAGCAAGCCGGUAGAGCUCAUGGAAGAGUUACAACACAUUGGGCACUCCAACUGGGAUGUGCGCCAGUUCCCUGAGACGCUUCUCCUCGAGGCCGAAAGCGGCAUCCUAGUUCGUAAGGAGCAAGAGUACAUCGCAAGCCAGAUGCGUUCACCCGAGAAUGGGCAAAACGUGGUACUGCAGCUGUUGAUGGGAGGUGGCAAGUCAACCACUAUUGUUCCAAUUCUGAGCGCUCAUCAUGGCGACAAAAAGAAGCUAGUGAGGGUGAUAGUUGCGAAGCCUCAGAGCAAGCAAAUGCUACAAAUGCUUGUAGCAAAGCUUGGAGGAAUGUUGGGCAGAAGGGUCUACCAGAUGCCCUUCUCACGUAACCUUCGACUUAGCGCCAAUGAUGCUCGGACCAUUCGACAGAUCUACGACGAGUGCAUCGCCAACCGUGGCGUGCUUCUGAUUCAACCUGAACAUAUUCUAUCUUUCAAACUCAUGGCUGUGGAAUGUGUCCUCCUUGACCAGCAAGAAACGGCCAGGUCGCUAUUGGCGACCCAAGAGUUCUUCGACAAAGUCUCGGUCGACUGCGUUGACGAGAGUGACGAAAACUUCUCUGUGAAAUUUGAAUUGAUAUACACCAUGGGAGAGCAACAACCAAUUGAGUUUGCUCCCACACGAUGGUUUAUCAUCCAGGAUGUCCUAAUACCCCUGGCAUCUGUAGCUGCCCGAGUCAAGAAAGAGCUGCCUGAUGCAGUCGACAUCCAAGACGAUAGCAACAACAAGUUCCCAAGAAUCAGAUUUUUGCGUUCUGACUCUGCUGAUCGGGCCUUGCACCUGCUGGCAGUGCAUGUUGUUCAACAAGGCAUUGGUAUUCCUUCAAGGUCACAACCGCCAACCAUGCAAGACGCAAUCAUCCGCUACAUUACUCAGAUGGACUUAAAUAUUGAUGAAGUGGAUGCAGUUGAGAAGAGCAAAUUUUGGACGGAAACUACAAAGUCUCCUCUCCUCUUGCUACGCGGCUUGUUCGCUAAUGGUGUUCUUCGAUUCAUAUUCACAACGAAGCGGUACCGGGUCAAUUAUGGACUAGAUCAUUCACGUACGCCCAAUACUUCACUCGCAGUACCAUAUAGGAGCAAAGACUCGCCUUCACCAAGGUCUGAGUUCUCGCAUCCUGAUGUCGUCAUCAUUCUCACACUCUUGUCAUACUACUAUCAGGGGUUGGCCGACAAUGAACUCUUCGACACAAUCAUCCAUAUCUUGAGGUCUGAUCAAUCAGCCACAUAUUAUAAUGAGUUUGUUCGAACCGCAUCUCCAACCCUGCCAAAGGCAUUUCAACAACUUUCCGGGAUUAGUAUUCGAGAUCGACAUCAGUGCAUGACAGAAGUGUUUCCUAGCUUGAGACAUUCAAAGAACGCAAUCGAUUACUACCUUGCACGUUUGGUCUUUCCAAAGGAGCUCAAACAAUUCCCUCAGAAGCUUAGUGCGUCAGGCUGGGACCUCGCGAUCAAGAAGCCGCACCCAACAGCAGGAUUUUCUGGUACAAACGAUACCAAACAUUUACUCCCACUCAACAUCAAGCAUCUUGACUUGCCAAGCCAACAUCAUACCAAUGCACAGGUGUUGUCAUAUCUGUUAAUGGACGAGACGUCGGUAGAAAUUCUGCCUAUGCGCAAAAUUGGUAGCACCAUCAGUGAUGGUGAGCAUCUGCUGAAAUUCAUCGAAUGCUUGAACUCAGAUGUCAGGGUUUUGUUGGAUUGUGGAGCCUCGAUCCUUGAACAGAAUAAUCGACAGGUUGCUGAGACAUGGCUGAAGAUGCGCAGCAGCGAGGUCCAGGCGGUAGUCUACUUCGAGAAUGAAGAGUUGGCAGUGCUCGAUCGCAGCUCUCGCGUUGAUUCAUUCCAAACAUCGCCUUACGCCAAAAUGCUGGAUUCAUGCGUAGUCUACCUAGACGAGGCGCAUACACGUGGAACAGACUUGAAGCUCCCACGUCAUUACCGCGCUGCACUUACAUUGGGUAGCCAAUUGAGCAAGGACCGUCUUACACAAGCUGCAAUGCGGAUGAGGAAAUUGGGCCAUGGACAAGCCAUUACAUUUGUUGUGCCCGCGGAGAUCAAAACCAAGAUCUAUGAGCGGACUGGAAAACCUUCAGAUAUCCAAAUUGAUGUUCGCGACGUACUGUCAUGGGCAAUCGGAGAGACAUGGUCUGACUUGAAGAGGAGUCUCCCCUUGUGGGCAGUACAAGGCGAACGGUUUGAACGACACAAGAAUCUCAUAAAUGGCGCCAACACCACGAAGGAUGAUACGGCAGCUUUUCUGGAGAAUGAAGCCGUUGAUCUGGAAACGCGGUACAAGCCUCGCACUCAGGACACAGAUCGUUUCACUCAGCUCAGCGAUUGGGACAUGUCUAAUCCCAACAUCGAUAAGAUCAUAUCACGGUGCCGCGAUUUUGAGGCCAUGAACUUAGGAUCUGCUACAUUGAGUGAAGAGCAGGAGAGGGAGCUUGCUCCCGAAAUUGAGGAAGAGCGUCAAAUCGAACGUCCUCCACGCUUGGAUGCUCGAGAGCAUCAAGUCCAUGAACAUCUCAGGCAGCUAGUUACUACCGGCGAAGUUGUUACAGACUUGGAAGCAUGGAAGCCAGCAUUUCAAGCACUUAGAACGACUAGUGCGAGUCGGCUCGCCAAUCUGAAAGAGUUCCCAAGCGAUUUGUUGGUAACGCUAGACUUCAUGUACACAGUUCGCGUACCUCCAGGCUCGACCCGCGACGCUUUUAUCGCGGACUCGUAUCAACGACCAGUGCAAUUUGUACUUUCUGUACCGGACCCGCGUUGCCCAAGGAAUGUCAGCAAUCUCAUCAUCAUCAGCCCCUACGAGGCGAAUCAAUUAUUGCCAUUGAUCCGCGAGCACAAGAAAGUCACGCUCCAUUUGUUUGCCGCCCGCGCCAACGCCAGUUACGCACCCCUUGACCAGCUUACCCUGUACAAUAUUGGGCAUGCUUUCAACCCACGCUCUCUCUCACGCAGCCUGACUAUGCAACUCAACCUAUUUGCCGGCAGUCUGUACCUCCGCUCUCUAGAUGAGUACAACGAGCUCUGCGGUUUCCUGGGUCUCCUGCAAGGCAGGGCCGAAGAAGGCCAGCAGGUGUAUGCCGAUGGCUUCAUUGAUCCUCCGGCUGGAAAGUGGCGUCUCACAAGGUCGCCUGUUCCCUUUUUGCGCCUCUUGCUCAUGAAGAUCCGCCGUGAGGGCGAGGGUGUCGAGAAGACGCAUAUGGGUAAGAUAUUGAGCGGUGUUGCGUUGGAGGAAGUCGAUUUUUGA